GGUAUGGCAACCAAAAAGAGCGUUACACGUCUCAGCAUCAAGUGCCAAGAAAAUCCUGAUAAUGGGAGGGACUCAGUUUAUUGGUGUGUUUUUGUCAAGACUUCUUGUAAAAGAAGGCCACCAGGUGACUCUAUUCACAAGAGGAAAAGCUCCCAUCACCCAACAAUUGCCUGGUGAAUCAGAGAAGGAUUAUGUUGAUUUUUCUUCCAAGAUCUUGCACUUGAAAGGAGACGGGAAGGACUUUGAAUUCGUGAAAGCCAGUCUCUCAGCCGAAGGCUUUGAUGUUGUUUAUGAUAUUAAUGGUAUGCAUUGCAAUAAAUUUUUGCUCCUUAUGCAAUCCACACAAUGUGUCCUAUCUAUGUGUUUAUUGUAG